AUGGAUCCUCCGGAACUUGACUAUGAGGCACUUCCGGAGAAUGCGCCGCUUGUGUACCAGUUGGCAGCUGGAGCGUUUGCAGGCAUCAUGGAGCACUCGAUAAUGUUUCCUAUAGACGCCAUCAAGACGAGGAUGCAGGCAGUGAGCACGACGGGUUCCAGUGCGGCUACGAGGCUGCCGAGCAACAUGUUGGCGCAGAUUGCGAAGAUAUCUACUACAGAAGGAUCGCUUGCUCUGUGGAAGGGCGUGCAAUCGGUGGUGCUGGGGGCAGGUCCAGCGCACGCAGUGUACUUUGCGACAUAUGAGAUGUGCAAAUCGCGGCUGAUUGAUCCGGAAGACCGGCAGACGCACCAGCCCCUGAAGACGGCGCUGAGCGGGACCCUGGCCACGGUGGCUGCGGAUGCACUAAUGAAUCCGUUUGACACCAUCAAACAGAGAUUGCAGUUGCACCCAAGUGAUUCCAUGACGAAGUGCGCCGUGCGUAUGUACCAGCGAGAGGGCAUUGCAGCGUUUUUCUAUUCAUAUCCGACAACUAUUGCUAUGAACAUACCGUUCGCAGCGUUGAAUUUUGUUAUUUAUGAAUCAUCUACAAAAAUAUUCAAUCCGAGUAACAACUACAACCCCUGGAUACAUUGUCUGUGCGGUGGGAUAUCCGGCGCAACAUGUGCCGCCAUAACCACACCGCUAGACUGCGUGAAGACAGUAUUGCAGAUUCGCGGUGCAGAUUCUGUUCAAAGUCAGCUGUUCAAGGAGGCUGACACAUUCCGCAAGGCUGCAUCUGCAAUCCACAAAACAUAUGGUUGGUCCGGUUUCUUUCGGGGCCUAAAACCCAGAAUUAUCAGCAACAUGCCUGCAACUGCUAUAUCGUGGACAUCUUAUGAGUUUGCCAAGCAUUUACUGUUCACGAACAGCAACGCCCAUCUGGACAAUCAUUAG